GUAUUUUUAGCUGAGCCAUGCCACUUCAUUUGCAGGAUAAGACAGACAGUUGUGUACCGUGUGAUCUCACUUAAUCGUUUUUAAUAAAUCAAAUCUUAUGCUGCGUAUCUGCCGUGGGCCUAUGCAGACAGCUGUGUGUUGGACAUGUCGCACAGGGUAGACAUUGGUCCCGCCGCUGUCGGAUGCUGAAACGCGCAUCAGCCUGUGGAUGCUGGAUGUCCAUUAUGACACGCAGUACCGGUAUCAGGGGCAUUGCAUUUGAGAUCAUAGGAAUUACAGGAUAUCAAUUUAAGCUGCAGAACAGGCUACUACACGGUUAAAAGAGGUCCGGCAUCUUUCUGCUCAGCCCGCAGCUUUCUCUCUUCUCUUGGAUUGUGGAUAACAAGAAACCUUCAAGACGGAGGGGGUGGUGGAGCAUCGAGGAAAAAACAGGGGCAAUAUGAGAGAGCGGGACUUCAUGCCCAAUAUGGAGAGGGGCAAACCUGCUACUUACACGGGGGACAAAAAGGCUAAGAUGGCUGCUAAGACUAACAAGAAGUGGGUGAGAUUAGCCACUGUUUUUGCAUAUGUAUUGUCCGUGUCAUUAGCAGCCAUUAUCCUGGCGAUUUACUACAGCCUGAUCUGGAAACCAACCAGCUCAUCCUCAUCUGUGGGGAAGCCAGGGGUGCCCGGCGAGGUCACCCCCACCGCGAACAUCUCAACUAACAUCUCCAGCAGCCACAAUGUGUCAGAGUGGAACUCCACACAGAAUAAUGGACUGCUAAACCAGACCCGGUAUAGACGGGGCUUUCAGUGGGACGACAGAGCCGAGAGUGUGGCCGUGUCCGGGGCGGCGAUUGCGCACUCGCAGCCGGAGGAAGGACUGUACGCAUCUUCCCACGGUCACACACCCGAGGAGAGAUCGGAAACUUUGGGGGGACAGACGGAUCAACCCGGAGCGAGCCACUUCACCCCGUCAAUCACCAGGGAGGCUGGGGGUGAGGAGGAUGGGGAGGCGAUUGACAAAAUCGAGACUGAUCAGGCGAGUGCAGAUGUUCCUCCAACAUCCGCGACAACCACAGCCGGCCAAAGAGGGGACUGAUCGGGCCUCGUCCCGGCCACCACACCCCCCUGACACAGAUAAACUGACCCUACAAGGAGUGUUUUACAGAAUCGGUGCCGCAGGUCGGAUAACACACACAUUAAACUCAUUUUGCAGAGCCUCUUAUGGAUGCUAAACUGCACCUAUACUGACAUCUUCUUCUAAUGACUGAGAAAAGAUGAGACCAGUGAACACUGUUUCCCCCUUCAACACUAACUAUGCGUGUUUCUGUUUUUGUUUAGGCCAUCCGUAUGCCUUAAAUCAAUGUGUGUCUACUUUACCUCGGAAAGCUUCAGAAGCCACUAACCUGCCCGUAUGCGUGGACAACACUGGUAUAUAAUAUGUUGUUAAAUGAAUAGGACACAGGAGCCAGAAAUUUGUUUUUGCAGGACAUACAUAUUCCCCACAGGCGAUACAGCGCUUGAAAUCACUGCCAUUCACUGGUCUAGAAAUCAAUACUGCAUUUUAACAUAGGCUGUGUUUUAUUUUUGUGGAACAAACCUGGAUUCCAAGUAGAAGAACCUGCAUUAUUGAGUUAUGCUCAGGUAUGUGCAUAUAACCAUGUAAAUGUAUUGUGUAUUUGGUUAUACAUAAGAGGCAGGCAUACUUCAUUUGGGCCUUGAUGAACUUUUAGUGUAAUUAGAUAAUUUUUAUUAAAAAAGGUACAGUAUGUAUGAUAGGUAUAACUAUAUCACAAGAUACAAAUAAACAUCUUUAAAAAAUAA